AUCAUGUCCCCUCUGAGCGCAUCAGAGAGAGAGAGAGAGAGAGAGAGGGGGAGAGAGAGAACACGACCUCAGCUCGAGGAGAAAGAACAGAGAGGGACGGGAAUAAGAGGAAUAAGAGUUUGCAUUCAGACUCAUAAGGGAGAAUCAGCUCAGAUCUCGGCUUGUGAUUCUUUUUUAAGCAGCCUCGGUUCCUCUUCCUGUUCUCCUGUCACUGGGCCUCAGGCCUGAUCCGUUCUGUCCGCCAUGGUACUGAUCCUGGGAAGACGACUAAACCGGGAGGAUUCUGGCGUCCGCGAAUCUCCUGCAGUCAAGCGCAAAGUUCUGGAGAUGGACACGAAAACUCUGAGCAGUCAUGACGUGUUCGACUUCUCCUCAGGCCCGAGCCAUGCUGAGAGCAUCCUCCAGAUGUUCAACGAGUUCCGUGACGGUCGUCUCUUCACCGACGUGGUGAUCAGCGUGGAGGGUCGUGAGUUCCCGUGUCACCGCGCCGUGCUGUCGGCGUGCAGCAGCUACUUCCGCGCCAUGUUCUGUAAUGACCACCGCGAGAGCCGCGCCAUGCUGGUGGAGAUCAACGGCAUCCGCGCCGACGCCAUGGACACUUUCCUGCAGUACGUGUACACGGGCCGCGCCCGCAUCACCACCGACAACGUGCAGUUCCUGUUCGAGACGUCCAGCUUGUUCCAGAUCGCGACGCUGCGUGACGCCUGUGCCAAGUUCCUGGAGGACCAGCUGGACCCGUGUAACUGCCUGGGCAUCCAGAGGUUCGCCGACGCCCACUCGCUCAAACAGCUCGCUGCCCGCUGCCGUAACUACGCCCUGCAGAGCUUUGCAGAUGUGGCGCAGCACGAGGAGUUCCUGGACCUGCGCCGUGACGAGCUCGAGGACUACAUCUCCAGCGACGAGCUCGUCAUCGGUAAGGAGGAGAUGGUGUUCGAGGCGGUGAUGCGCUGGGUCUACCACGACAUGGAACACCGCCGCUCCAUCCUCCGUGAGCUCCUGACGCACGUCCGUCUGCCGCUGCUGCACCCCAACUACUUCGUGCAGACGGUGGAAGGCGAUCAGCUCAUCCAGAACGCGCCGGAGUGUUACCAGCUGCUGCACGAGGCACGCCGAUACCACGUACUGGGCAAUGAAAUGAUGUCACCUAGGACACGCCCACGCAGGUCCACGGGUUUCUCUGAGGUCAUCGUGGUGGUCGGCGGCUGUGAGAGAAUCGGAGGCUUCAACCUGCCGUACACCGAGUGCUAUGACCCCGUGACAGGGGAGUGGAAAUCACUGGCCAAACUGCCCGAGUUCACCAAGUCAGAGUACGCAGUGUGUGCACUCCGCAACGACAUCCUGGUCUCAGGAGGUCGUAUCAACAGCAGAGAUGUGUGGAUGUACAACUCGCAGCUCAACAUCUGGAUCCGAGUGGCCUCGCUGAAUAAAGGACGCUGGAGACAUAAAAUGGCCGUCUUACUGGGAAAGGUGUAUGCAGUGGGCGGUUAUGAUGGUCAGUCACGCCUCAGCAGUGUGGAGUGUUACGACUCUUUCUCUAACCGCUGGACAGAGGUGGCCCCCAUGAAGGAGGCGGUCAGCUCCCCCGCGGUGGCCGGCUGCGUCAACAAGCUCUUUGUGAUCGGCGGAGGUCCUGACGACAACACCUGCUCCGAUAAGGUCCAGUGCUAUGACCCAGAGUCAGACUGCUGGUUGCUAAGGGCCAACAUCCCCAUCGCUAAGCGCUGCAUCACUGCUGUGUCCCUCAACAACCUCAUCUACGUGUCAGGCGGUUUAACUAAAUCCAUUUACUGCUACGACCCCACUGAGGACUACUGGAUGCACGUCGUGCAAACCUUCAGCAAACAAGAGAGUUGCGGGAUGUCGGUGUGUAAUGGGAAGAUCUACAUCCUGGGUGGUCGUGGUGAGAGUGGUGAGGCGUCAGACACCAUCCUGUGCUAUGAUCCGGCUACAGGCAUCAUCACAGGUGUAGCGGCGAUGCCACGCCCCAUCUCCUACCACGGCUGUGUGACCAUCCACCGCUACAACGAGAAGUUCUACCACUCAUGACCAUCCACACACACUUAGCUCUUUUCUCCUCACACACAUACACACACACACACACACACACACACACACAGGCCUUCGCUGGGUGAAGAUCACUUGAACCAGGUGUCAGAUAUUGGGUGUCGAGUGUGUGUGUGCGUGUGUGUAGCAUUUAGUAUUUACACUGUAAACUUCCAAUCCAGUAAAAGUUGUUCAACAGGAAGCUAAUAACAGUUUUAAUUAGAAUUCUGAAUCAUUUUUAAUUAAGAAUAAUUUUCACAUUUCAAAAACGUAAUUAAUAUUUUAAUUUUUUAAUUAUUUCCUUCCCAUCUGGCAAAACAACAUCAGACAACACUCAAGCAAUAAUGUAAAAUAUCAUUCAAUAUUUUUUUAAAAAAAGGUUUGCAUUAAACACCAAAGAUUUUAUUUUAUUUUAUUUUAUUUUAUUUUUAAUUCUGGUAUUCGAAAAUAAAUAUUUGAUGAUUUCAUGUUUUAUUUAUUUCUGUUGUUAAAACUGUUAUUAGUUUUCUCCCAGCAUUUUUACUAUAUUAUUAGAUGUUUCUUUUUUUUCUUUAAUUUUUUAGCACAUUAAAGUUGGCAUGUUCCUCCGUCAGCCCUGUGACCUUUGACCCCUGUAUUUUUUCUUUUUUAUCAGAGUUCUCUGCAGGUUUUUUCUCUAAUUAUGUUUAUUACAUUAUGUAUUUUGUUAUUAUUGUUAUUAUUUUAUUCAGGUGUUUGUGUUGAUGGUGUGUGUGUGUGUGUGUGUGUGUGUGUGUGUGACUCGACACUGUGCUGUGUGUGUGUGUGUGUGUGUGUGUGUGACUCGACACUGUGCUGUGUGUGUGUGUGUGACUCGACACUGUGCUGUGUGUGUGUGUGUGUGUGUGUGUGUGUGACUCGACACUGUGCUGUGUGUGUGUGUGUGUGACUCGACACUGUGCUGUGUGUGUGUGUGACUCGACACUGUGCUGUGUGUGUGUGUGUGUGUGUGUGACUCGACACUGUGCUGUGUGUGUGUGUGUGUGUGACUCGACACUGUGCUGUGUGUGUGUGUGUGUGUGUGUGUGUGUGACUCGACACUGUGCUGUGUGUGUGUGUGACUCGACACUGUGCUGUGUGUGUGUGUGUGUGUGUGUGACUCGACACUGUGCUGUGUGUGUGUGUGUGUGUGUGUGUGACUCGACACUGUGCUGUGUGUGUGUGUGUGUGUGUGUGUGUGUGACUCGACACUGUGCUGUGUGUGUGUGUGUGUGUGUGACUCGACACUGUGCUGUGUGUGUGUGUGUGUGUGUGUGUGUGUGACUCGACACUGUGCUGUGUGUGUGUGUGACUCGACACUGUGCUGUGUGUGUGUGUGUGUGACUCGACACUGUGCUGUGUGUGUGUGUGUGACUCGACACUGUGCUGUGUGUGUGUGUGUGUGACUCGACACUGUGCUGUGUGUGUGUGUGUGUGUGACUCGACACUGUGCUGUGUGUGUGUGUGUGUGACUCGACACUGUGCUGUGUGUGUGUGUGUGUGUGACUCGACACUGUGCUGUGUGUGUGUGUGUGUGACUCGACACUGUGCUGUGUGUGUGUGUGUGUGUGUGUGUGACUCGACACUGUGCUGUGUGUGUGUGUGUGUGUGUGACUCGACACUGUGCUGUGUGUGUGUGUGUGUGACUCGACACUGUGCUGUGUGUGUGUGUGUGUGUGUGACUCGACACUGUGCUGUGUGUGUGUGUGACUCGACACUGUGCUGUGUGUGUGUGUGUGUGUGUGUGACUCGACACUGUGCUGUGUGUGUGUGUGUGUGUGUGUGUGACUCGACACUGUGCUGUGUGUGUGUGUGUGUGUGACUCGACACUGUGCUGUGUGUGUGUGUGUGUGUGUGACUUGACACUGUGCUGUGUGUGUGUGUGUGACUCGACACUGUGCUGUGUGUGUGUGUGUGUGUGUGACUCGACACUGUGCUGUGUGUGUGUGUGUGUGUGACUCGACACUGUCUUGUGUGUGUGUGUGUGUGUGUGUGUGACUCGACACUGUGCUGUGUGUGUGUGUGUGACUCGACACUGUGCUGUGUGUGUGUGUGUGUGUGACUCGACACUGUGCUGUGUGUGUGUGUGUGUGUGUGUGUGACUCGACACUGUGCUGUGUGUGUGUGUGUGUGACUCGACACUGUCUUGUGUGUGUGUGUGUGUGUGUGUGUGACUCGACACUGUGCUGUGUGUGUGUGUGUGUGUGUGUGACUCGACACUGUGCUGUGUGUGUGUGUGUGUGUGUGUGUGACUCGACACUGUGCUGUGUGUGUGUGUGUGACUCGACACUGUGCUGUGUGUGUGUGUGUGUGUGUGACUCGACACUGUGCUGUAUGUGUGUGUGUGUGUGUGUGUGUGACUCGACACUGUGCUGUGUGUGUGUGUGUGUGUGUGUGACUCGACACUGUGCUGUAUGUGUGUGUGUGUGUGUGUGUGUGACUCGACACUGUGCUGUGUGUGUGUGUGUGUGUGUGUGACUCGACACUGUGCUGUGUGUGUGUGUGUGUGUGUGUGACUCGACACUGUGCUGUAUGUGUGUGUGUGUGUGUGUGUGUGACUCGACACUGUGCUGUGUGUGUGUGUGUGUGUGUGACUCGACACUGUGCUGUGUGUGUGUGUGUGUGUGUGUGUGUGUGACUCGACACUGUGCUGUGUGUGUGUGUGUGUGUGUGUGACUCGACACUGUGCUGUGUGUGUGUGUGUGUGUGACUCGACACUGUGUUGUGUGUGUGUGUGUGUGUGUGUGACUCGACACUGUGCUGUGUGUGUGUGUGUGUGUGUGUGACUCGACACUGUGCUGUGUGUGUGUGUGUGUGUGUGACUCGACACUGUGCUGUGUGUGUGUGUGUGUGUGUGUGUGACUCGACACUGUGCUGUGUGUGUGUGUGUGUGUGUGUGUGUGACUCGACACUGUGCUGUGUGUGUGUGUGUGUGUGUGUGUGUGUGUGUGACUCGACACUGUGCUGUGUGUGUGUGUGUGUGUGUGUGUGUGACUCGACACUGUGCUGUGUGUGUGUGUGUGUGUGUGUGACUCGACACUGUGCUGUGUGUGUGUGUGUGUGUGUGUGUGUGUGUGACUCGACACUGUGCUGUGUGUGUGUGUGUGUGUGUGUGUGUGUGUGUGUGUGUGACUCGACACUGUGCUGUGUGUGUGUGUGUGUGUGACUCGACACUGUGCUGUGUGUGUGUGUGUGUGUGUGUGUGUGUGUGACUCGACACUGUGCUGUGUGUGUGUGUGUGUGUGUGUGUGACUCGACACUGUGCUGUGUGUGUGUGUGUGUGUGUGUGUGUGUGACUCGACACUGUGCUGUGUGUGUUUUCAGGAAAUAAUUUAAGAAAUUUGACGUUGCUGUGUUUAUGUACACAGUCAUGGACUAGUCUUUGUGUUUCUGAUCAACAUCUAACCACUGAGAGUAUUCUUCUUCUUCUUCUUCUUCUUCCUCUUCACUUCCUCCUCCUCCUCCUCCUUUUCCUCUUCUUCCUCCUACUUCUUUUCUCUUUUUAGAAUUUUUUAUGCCCAGUGAAAAUCUUUAUUUUAUUUUUUUUAACUCGGAUGAUUACUCUGCAGUCUGUGUUUUCAGUGGCUCUUUUUAUUCCUUGAUUUUUUAAAUACUGAAUUUUUGUUGUAAAUAAUAAAUUAAAGCCUUUUUUACUGUAUCAGUAAAUUUUUAUAAUCAUACCAACACUUUAUUACUGUAACUUAAAAAGGAAAAAAAGGUGUUAAGGAUGUAGCAGCCACAACUGACCGUGUGUGUGUGUGUGUGUGUGUGUGUGUGUGUGUGUUUUAAGCAAAUUUGAGAUCUUUAAAUUGAUUUUUUUUCUUCCAGAAUAUAUCUUUUUUUUGUGUGUAGUCAAGUGCAAAAGUUUACACGCCCUAAGGACAAAAUUUGAAUGAAAAAGUUAAUUAUUUUAUUUUUAAUCUUUAUUCAUUACAAAAUGGUGAAAUGGUGUGUUUUAAAAUUAUUAAUAGUGAAAAAUUUAAAUAAAAUAAAUAGAUAAAUAGUAUCAGUUAACAGAGUAAGUUUUUCUUCUUAUUGGUGAUCUAAAUAUUCUUGAAAAACUUUAAUAUUGAUUCUUUUAAAAUUCAGAGCAGUAAUUAUUUUAUUGUAUU